GAAUUGCAAGUGGAAAGGUCUUUCAAUGUUCCAAUUCAGCUAACCAUCUUCCUCAGCAUCGUUCCUCAGCCGAGUCAAAAGCACAAAUUCGCCAUUGAAAAAUCUUGAGCAAGCGAGGGAGAGGGAGAAGGAGAGCAUGGCCUAGGGUUUCUGCCGGACUCCGUCGGUUUCUACUCUCCUCCAUCGCCAUGGCGACGAGGCUCCUUUACCUCGCGGCGUUCUUCCUCUUCCGUCUCCCUCUCUCUUUCUCGGAGGAAGACGCCAGCUCCAUGGAGUCGGUGCCCGAUCUGCAGAAGCAAAUGUACACUGUCCUCGAGGGAUAUCCCUGCGUGAGGCUGCUCAAUCUGUCGGGAGAGAUAGGGUGUGCUAAUCCUGGAAGGGACAAGGUCGUGGCUCCGAUCGUGAGAUUCAGCAACUCGACUCGGCUGACUCGGCCUUCGGCGGUUGUGCUAUCUGUAGAUGAGAUGGAGGGGUUCUUCAAGAGAGUUUCAAAUGAUUUGGAUUUUGCUCAGAAUGUUGGCGGUGUUCUGGUUGAAUCGGUGUCUUCAUCCCAAAAGAUAUUGGGACUCUCUCCAGACCAGAAGUUCCCUCAAGCUAAAUUCUCACCCUACCAGAAUAUCAGCUAUGAAUGGAACCCUCUGGGAGCUGGCAUAAUGUGGAAUUCCUAUCAGUUUCCUGUGUUUUUACUUUCUGUGAGUAGCUCACUGAGUGUUCAGAAGCUAUCAGCCAGUAAUGAGAAGCGUGAGAAAGCUUAUACUGCACAUGUGGCGGAAUUUGAUCUUGUGAUGCAGACAACAAAAUCUGGGACUCGUGAUUCACAGUCUUGUAUAGAAGAACAAACUUGUUUACCGCUGGGUGGAUACAGUGUCUGGUCAUCGCUCCCACCUAUGAAUGCUUCACAGUCAAACCAAUCCAAGGGUGUAAUUCUUGCUGUUGCAUCAAUGGAUUCUGCCUCUUUUUUUCGUGACAAGAGUCUUGGAGCAGAAUCAUCUGUAUCUGGACUGAUUGCAUUGCUGGCGGCUGUAGAUGCACUUUCUCAUGUUGAUGGAUUGGCUAAUUCCAGUAGACAGCUUGUUUUUCUUUUUUUAACUGGAGAAGCUUGGGGCUACCUUGGUAGCAGGAGAUUCUUACAUGAGCUUGAUUUGCAUUCGGACUCUGUCAGUGGUCUCAAUGAAACGUCAAUUGAGAUGGUCCUGGAAGUUGGAUCCGUUGGAAAAGGGCUUAAUCAAGGAGCAAAGAAAUUUUACGCUCAUACAGCCAGGGCUUCAUCUGUCAUCAAUGAGACACUGAAUGCCUUAAAACAAGCUGGAGAUUCCCUCGAUUCUAAUCAAAUCACAAUAUCCCCGGCAAGUACUGCAAAUCCAGGGAUACCUCCAUCAUCUCUUAUGGCAUUUCUUAGAAAGCAGAACUCUCAGACACCUGGGGUUAUAUUGGAAGAUUUUGAUACUGCCUUCACCAACAACUUCUACCAUAGUCACCUUGAUGAUUUGUCAAAUAUAAAUGCUUCUUCUGUAGCUGAUGCUGCUACAAUAAUUGCCCGCACCCUUUAUGUUCUAGCUAGUGGUAAAAACUUGAGCAACUCAGCACUUGGUACAGUCAAUGUGAAUGAAUCUCUCGUGCAAGAACUUAUGGGAUGUCUGCUGAGUUGUGAACCGGGUUUAUCCUGUGCUUUGGUGAAGAGCUACAUCUCACCUAGCACUGCCUGCCCAAGCCACUAUGCAGGUGUUCUGCUUGGAGAACCCUCUUCAACACCUUAUCCUGGUGAUGUGGAUGAUACCUCUAGGUUCUUAUGGAAUUUUCUCGCCGACAAAACUUCUAUUUGGAGACAGAAUGUUAGCUCAGCUUGUUCCGGGAAUUGUACCAAUGAAGGUGAAGUUUGCAUCAAAGCAGAAACUGACAAGAAAGGGGUUUGCGUCAUCUCUACAACCAGGUAUGUUCCAGCGUAUUCAACCCGUUUGAAGUUCGAAUCUGGAUCUUGGAAAGUGCUCCCUCCAAAUUCUUCUGAUCCCAUGGGAAUGGCGGACCCAGUUUGGACGGAGAGCAACUGGGAUUUAAUCGGUCUUCGUGCAUAUACCGUCCAGGACUCGAUUUAUGACCAUUUUGUUCUAUUGGUGGGAGUUUCCAUUACAGUUUUAGCCUACGUCGCCAUAGUAACUACGAGAACCUUUAUCACAAAAGCCUUGAAGCGGGACUGACAAUUCGAGUCUGUUAAAAUGUUUACGGUGGAGGAUUUACGGAUUGAACUAUUGGUGAGGAUGUUGGAUUAUUAAAGAUGCAUCCUCGGGUGCUUAGAUCUUUAAAGUGGCUGGUGAAUGGUUCGGAGAGGUAGGCGAAUGAUAGUUCAUUUGAAAGCAACAACCUGAUAAUCUCCUGCAUAUGUUCUCUCUCCUUGCUUGUCGUACAUAUGUAGACACUACUAUCUUUUGCGUUAUUCAUUUUUUCAGGCACUAUAAAUGUACACCUAGUAUUAUAUUCUCGUCCAAA